AUGACUCGUGAUACAUCCGAGUCAAGACCGGUGCAGUAUAUGGAGACGGUGGAGGCGUAUAAUCGGUGGGCGGAGGUCUACGAUACAGAUGGCAACUUUUUACAAGCCCUGGAUACCAUCGAGAUGCGCCAACUUCUUCCACACUUCCUCGAUCGAGUCGUCUCGGUAAAUGCUACGAAACUGGUCGAUCUGGGCUGUGGUACGGGGAGGAAUACCGUGCAACUAGUUAAGCACGCGUCUCGGGGAACCGAAAUUGUGGGCUUGGAUGCGUCGCCGGGGAUGAUGGAGGUGGCGCGGGAGUCGAUCCGGAAGGCGGCGACGAGUGUAGACAACGUUUCCGUUUCGCUGGAAACUUUUGAUCUGUUGAAAUCACCUCCUGCGCCGCCGGAGUGUGCUCUGGGUGCGGCGGGAGUGAUCUCGACGUUGGUGCUGGAACACAUUCCCCUACAGCAGUUCUUUGAAGGGGCCGCGGCGUUAUUGGUGCACGGGGGGUACCUGCUGGUCACGAAUAUGCAUUCCGAUAUGGGAGCGAUCAGCCAGGCCGGGUUUGUGGAUACAGCGACGGGGACGAAGAUUCGGCCCACCAGUUACUUUCAUACGGUGGAGGAGGUGGUUGUCGCGGCGCAGAAGGCCGGGUUCAUGGUUGAAGAGAUAAAUGGGGAGCGGGUGCGUGAGAGGACAGUGGAUGAGAAUGUGGCGGAGACGCUGGGGAAGAGAGCGAGGAAAUGGAUUGGGGUCACGGUGUGGUUUGGGAUCUGUUUUAGAAAGAAUGCGGCGUGA